AUGAAGUUUUUCCAGUACCAAUUCAUUGCAGAGAUUUUUAUUUCCUCAGAGAAUAAUCGUGCUAAAAACCAGAGGACUGCCAAGUGGACAAAUAAUGGAAGUCUUAAUGCAAAGAAAAGCAAGUCAGUCUGUGACAGAAAGGCUAUGCAUGGCCCCACUCAAUAUAUAACUCCUGUCUGCACUCCAUUAAAGAAACUGAACGUUUGGAAGAUUGAGAAAAUUAUUGACAAAAGGAAAAAUGAAAAGGGUAAAACUGAGUAUUUGGUUCAAUGGAAGGACUAUGGCAGUGAGGAAGACACAUGGGAGCCAGUGCUGCACCUCAAAAAUUGUAAGGAUUUCACCCGAGCUUUCAAUAGACAUCAUACUAAAAAGAAGAGAGUAAGCAAACUGACCAGGAGAUGCAGGGCCUCCUCAAAGAAGUCUCAAAAAAACAUUUCCAGAUCCACAAAAACGAUAUUGUCUCUUACCUCUCCUAAAUUGAUAGAGAUUGGCAAGACCCCUGAGCACCAAAAAGAUCCACUCUUUGGCAGCAGUCAAAAUGUCAAGAGAAACUCUAUCUCAUCUCUCACAGGCCAGAAGACUAUGGAGGAUAAAAAGACACUUGUGCCUUGCAGCCCGAUGAAGUGUGAGAUGGUAGAAAAUGACAUUCAAAAAGAGAGCCUGCAGGAACUCCGGGACCCCACUGAACAAUGUCUGGACGACAGGUCAGUGCCACUUGUAGCUGCAGACAAGAGACAUGGAGCUUUAGUGGGCCUUUGGGUGGAGAAACUGAGGAUGGAGGAUGGGCUCAAAAUAGCUUCUCUAGAUUCUGUGGUUCCUGGCCCUGUAUCUGCAGCCAUAGUCAUAGACUUGACCACUAGCAGAAAAUGUAAGUCUCCAUUUCCAAGUGAAUUAGAUGCCAAUGGAACAACCAGGAUGCAGACACCUGUCAUGGGAAUUGAGAAAAUUAUUGACAAAAGGAAAAAUGAAAAGGGUAAAACUGAGUAUUUGGUUCAAUGGAAGGACUAUGGCAGUGAGGAAGACACAUGGGAGCCAGUGCUGCACCUCAAAAAUUGUAAGGAUUUCACCCGAGCUUUCAAUAGACAUCAUACUAAAAAGAAGAGAGUAAGCAAACUGACCAGGAGAUGCAGGGCCUCCUCAAAGAAGUCUCAAGAAAACAUUUCCAGAUCCACAAAAACGAUAUUGUCUCUUACCUCUCCUAAAUUGAUAGAGAUUGGCAAGACCCAUGAGCACCAAAAAGAUCCACUCUUUGGCAGCAGUCAAAAUGCCAAGAGAAACUCUACCUCAUCUCUCACAGACCAGAAGACUAUGGAGGGUAAAAAGACACUUGUGCCUUACAGCCCCAUGAAGUAUGAGAUGGUAGAAAAUGACAUUCAAAAAGAGAGCCUGCAGGAACUCCGGGACCCCACUGAACAAUGUCUGGACGACAGGUCAGUGCCACUUGUAGCUGCAGACAAGAGACAUGGAGCUUUAGUGGGCCUUUGGGUGGAGAAACUGAGGAUGGAGGAUGGGCUCAAAAUAGCUUCUCUAGAGUCUGUGGUUCCUGGCCCUGUACCUGCAGCCAUGGUCAUAGAUUUGACCACUAGCAGAAAAUGUAAGUCUCCAUUUCCAAGUGAAUUAGAUGCCAAUGGAACAACCAGGAUGCAGACACCUGUCAUGGGAGUGAGGGCUGGGAAGAGGAAAAUUCUUGAUGAAAGAACACACCAGCCUUCUGAUAAACAUUUGCAUUUCAGCCUGAGACAAAUAGAAAAUACUUACAGAUAUAAAGAUAUUGUUGUCUGGAAGCGGGAUGGCUUCACUCACAUCUUGCUAUCUACAAAAUCAUCAAAGGAUAACUCCCUGAAUCAGGUAAUGAAAGAAGUCCAGAGUGCCUUGAACAUGGCUGCUGCCACUGACAGCAAGAUUGUGCUUCUCAGUGCAGUGGGCAGUAUGUUCUGCUGUGGACUUGACUUUGCUUAUUUUUUACGGUGUUUAACAAACAACAGGAAGAGAGAAAGUGAAAUGGCAGAAGCUGUCAAAACCUUUGUGAAUUCAUUCAUUCAGUUCCCAUUUAUUUUAGCAAUAAAUGGCCCAGCCAUUGGCUUAGGAGCCUCCAUACUGCCUCUCUGUGAUACAGUCUGGGCAAGUGAUAAACCUUGGUUUCAAACGCCCUACACUGUGUUUGGACAGAGCCCUGAUGGUUGUUCUUCUGUCACAUUUCCAAAAAUUAUGGGAAGGGCAUCUGCAAGUGAAAUGCUGCUCAGUGGGCGAAAGCUGACUGCCCAGGAGGCAUGUGAAAAAGGACUGGUCUCCCAAACAUUCUGGCCUGAAACCUUCAACCAAAAAGUCAUGUUUAGGAUCCAGGCAAUGGCCUCAGGUGAUCCUGUUGUGCUUGAGGAGUCCAAAACCCUCAUGCACUGUCAUAUGCAGCAUGAAUUAGAAAAGGCCAAUGAAAGAGAAUGUGAAGUUCUCAAGAAAAUCUGGAGCUCCCAAGGCAUGGACUACAUGCUCAAGUACUUGGAGAAGAAGACGAAUGACUUUUGAUCUAAUGACUGGUCAGGUGCAUAUCGUUGCACUGAGAAGGACAUUAGAAGCAACAAAUUGCCCUAUGCCCCCCUCACAGCGUGAAGCAAGUUCAUCCUUACUUUAACUAGAACAUGGGACUGGAAAAACA